AUGUUGCAGCUCAGGGUCAGGCGAGCUGCCGGGCCUCUUGCCGUUGUCUGCCUGCAGUGCCUGGGCUUUGGCCUCGCUGCGCUGCCCUCGGCCGGGGAUCUGCAGCCCGGGGCCUCUGAGGGCUCCGAGCUCGAGGCAUGGAAUUUCAGACUGCGGAAUGCCGUCUUGGAGGCGCAGAUCGCAGGCCGCGAUGGACUUCUCCAAGCGAUACGUGUGACAAACAGGAUGUCCGGACGAGAGAUGCCUCCUGCAGAUGUUCUUCUUGCCAGGCUUCCAGUGGGUCCAGGGCCAGGCGCAGGCCAGGAUAUCACCGACUUUCGGGUAGUCGGCAUGAACCUGAGCAGGAUCGAAGCUCAGGCAAACGCAUCCCAGCUGGCUUUAAGCAUGCCGGGAUGGGCUGUCACUGCCGUCAUGGAGGCGGUUUCAGCGCCCUGGAUGGCAGUUUGGUCAGUGGAGCUCCGCGACGGCUCCAACUACUUGAAGCUCUCUGCACGGCUGACUUACCGCGGGCGGAGCGCAGACGAGCAGAGCGCUGAAGGCGAUCCGGAGGCAGAGGCGGAGUUGUGUUUGCUCUCUGGCAACUUGCCGGGCAGCUCUGUGGCGGGGAAAGUUGACGGUGUCCCCAUUACUUCAGAUGACUUCUUCUUUGGUCUCGAACACCCGCAGGGCCUGAAUUCAGCCAAGGCCGGAGAAUAUCGAUGCUGCUUAAAGCAGCAUACUGCGAAAAUUAAAGAGCACGGCCCGCACGCAGCUUUGGUUCUGGGCGUGACAGUGCCUGGCCAGGUACGGCGAUCUUUCUUGCAUUACUUGGAACGAGAGCGUGCUCAUCCCUCAAGGAAGAUGCUGCACUACAACAGCUGGUAUGAUAUUGGAACGGGCCAACAGUUCGAUGCCAAGCAGGCAAUAAAUCGGCUAGAUCACAUCGCGAGAGAGCUGUCACGACGAGGGGUCAUGCUAGACUCUUUCCUUCUCGAUGAUGGCUGGGACGACCCAGACAGUGGGCCGUGGAACGCCCACGAAGGGUUUCGUGACUUGAAGCAGCUGGAAGCCCGCGCGACACACUGGAAGACCUCCCUGGGCCUGUGGUUUUCGCCCUUCGGGGGCUACCAUGAAGCAAGGCAGCGGCGUGUCCUUGCUGCCAGGAGGGCAGACAUCCCCGUGCGGGAGGAGACGCGAGAGAGGAAGUCGGCUGUGCUCCGCAAAGGCGGCUGCACACAGGCAUCACCCUGCGAGGAAGGGGAGGGCAGCUGCGGCAGCAAUCAUGAUUGUCGGGGGCAGCUCGAGUGCUGGCAUACCACUUUCGCCAUUAGCCCACCGGGGGUGGACCUCUCGGGCAUUUCCGGCUCUGACAUUCGAGUCUGUUUCGAUCCCGGAGUGCACUCCGCCUUUUUGGGCCUGGGUAUCAAAGAGUACUACCUGCACCUGCGCGAUCAGAUUUGGACAUGGUUGCUUGGAGGCGCGAAGCUCUUGAAGCUUGAUGGCAUCGGGAAUCCGGCCGGUCUGGACGAAACGCUGGAAGAAGACUUCGAUGCAGCUGUGAGCCUCAUAGCAGAGCUGCGGAAGAUCAGCAGCCAUGUCUUCAUCAAUCUCUCAACAGGGACCUGGCCGUCUCCCUUCUGGCUCCUUUAUUCAGACACUGUAUGGCGAAGGGGCCAUGACCACUACUUCGAGGGCAGAGGGCCAGCGCGUGAGCGGUGGAUAACAUAUCGCGAUGCAAUGGUCUAUGCAAAUGUUGUGACGCAGUCGCCGUUGUUCCCUCUCAGCUCAUUGAUGGUUCAUGGAAUAGUUUUUGCGAAGGAUGCCUGGGACCUGAAUCAGCCGGAGGGGUCGGGACCAGGAUUGUCGAAUGAGCCCUUCAAGCAUGAAGUCAGGUCAGCUUUUGGAUCUGGCGUGAUGCUGCAAGAGCUGUAUGUGACACCCAGCUUAUUGAAUCGCGAGAACUGGGACGAUGUUGCAGAAGCAGCUAAGUGGGCCAGUGAUCGAAUCCAGACUCUCGCUGAUGUUCAGUGGUUCGGAGGAGAUCCUGCCAAGGGCGAGGUAUAUGGUUGGGCCGCUUGGCAUGGAAGUACGCAGAAGACAUCGGCAAUAUUGACCUUGAGAAACCCCUCCCCACAGAGGCAAUCAGUCUAUGUUGAUCCUGUGAAAGUUUUCUCACUUCCAGAAUAUGUUGUUGGGCCUCUUGUGCUCAACACGCCAUAUUCUGACCAGCGGCCAAGACAGAUCCAAUUGGUCCGGGGCCGCGUCGCUUCCCUGGAAUUGCCACCUUUCGCUGUAUUAGUCUUCGACACCAACGGUCCCUCCCCUUCGGCCUGGGCUGUGUAUAUUGAUAUCCUCGUCGAUAACUCUGCAAUCCUCUUCUGGACCGUCCUGGCCUUGCUUGUGGCCGGCUUCAGCUUGCGCGGAAGCUCCGCAACAUCCGCUGCUGCACCUGCCGUCCCUGUGGAAGAGCUCCGACGACGGCGGCUUGCCGCCCUUGAACGCCGCGCUUCAGACCAAUAG